GCUGUUUGUUUAUUAUUAGUGCGCGGAGGGAAGAUGGCGGCGUCCUCCCUAGAACAGAAACUCUCUCGUCUGGAGGCGAAACUCAAGCAGGAAAACAGAGAAGCCAGGAGGAGAAUCGAGCUGGAGAUCAGCCCGCAGCGUCCCCGGCCUAUUAUUCUCAUCACUCUAAGCCCCACGCCCGCUCCAUCCCAGAGAGCAGCCUUACAGCUUCCUCUAGCCAAUGAUGGACACACCCGUCCUGACAACCCCACGCACCAUCACACUUCAUUGCCGGCCCGACCACGGCACAUGCUGAGCCUACCGCAAAACAACUACCUGACACAGCGGAGCUUGGAGAGCACGGAAAUUGACCAGAAGCUGCAAGAAAUAUACAAGCAGACUGGGUUCCUAGCGAUCGAUGGGCAGAAAUACCAGGCGGAUAUAAAUGACUUGGAGAACUUGGGGGAGAUCGGCAGUGGGACUUGCGGACAAGUGUGGAAGAUGAGAUUUAAGAAGACGGGGCACGUCAUUGCGGUGAAGCAAAUGCGUCGUUCUGGUAACAAGGAAGAGAAUAAAAGGAUCUUGAUGGACUUGGAUGUUGUCCUGAAGAGCCAUGACUGUCCCUACAUCGUCCAGUGUUAUGGCACUUUUAUAACAAAUACAGAUGUAUUCAUAGCCAUGGAGCUGAUGGGGACAUGUGCCGAAAAACUGAAGAAGAGGAUCCAGGGCCCCAUUCCAGAGAGCAUCCUGGGAAAGAUGACUGUAGCGAUAGUGAACGCGUUGUAUUAUCUAAAGGAGAAGCAUGGCGUCAUACACCGGGAUGUCAAGCCUUCCAAUAUAUUGCUAGAUGCCAGCGGACAGAUUAAGCUUUGUGACUUUGGCAUAAGUGGCCGCCUUGUGGACUCUAAGGCCAAAACCAGAAGUGCGGGUUGUGCUGCUUACAUGGCGCCUGAGCGAAUUGAUCCUCCAGAUCCGACCAAACCGGACUAUGACAUCCGAGCAGACGUGUGGAGUCUCGGGAUCUCAUUGGUGGAGUUGGCAACAGGUCAGUUUCCCUACAAGAACUGCAAGACAGACUUUGAAGUUCUCACCAAAGUUCUUCAAGAAGAACCUCCAGUUCUUCCACAUAACAUGGGCUUUUCUCCUCUCUUCCAGUCUUUUGUCAAAGACUGUCUUACUAAAGAUCACAGAAAGAGGCCAAAGUACAAUAAGCUUCUGGAGCACCCCUUCUUGCGUCAGUAUGAGACACAGGAAGUUGAUGUAGCUUCAUGGUUCCAGGACGUCAUGGCUCAGACAGAGUCUCCACGAAGCAGCACUCUUCUCAGUCCUCAAAAUCUACCUUUUUUCAGCAGGUAACAUCUGGCAUGGGAGGGGAGGACUGCCCCCUCCCCCAACAUCAUCAUCAUCUGCGGGGAUGCAGCUUUGAUACUCACACAAAAAUGGAUAAUCGUAUAUUAUGUGGUGUAUCGGGGAUUCUUCUGAACAUUCUUCCUGCAAGGGGAGGCGUCCUCGCGCUCCCUCACCAUUUUUUUCCCCCCUCAAUUUUCAGCCUAUCCCCAACACUUUGCAACCUUGGGAUGAAGAAUCCUCCUUUAUAUUCAAAGACUUCAUCAAUUGACACAUUUACAGCCCUCCUUUUCUUUAGGGACUCUGCAUCAGAGUUGGAGGCUUCUCGCAAAGACCCACCACUUGUGGAAAGGUCCGGACACACACCGCCUUUUUUUGUUGUUGUUGUGUUUUAUCAACUAUAAACUCUAAGCUUUUUGCUUAAGCAGCUUCUAAGCUAUGGAAGCCUAUUUAUCUGUCACUUUCCAUGAUGGGGAUGGUCUAUAUUUAUUUAAUUAUGUUUUUGUUUUUUUGGCAUAUUGUUUAGUCGCACCACAACCACCAAUGAAUGGACUCGGCGCUUUGGGUAUUUUAUUUUUCUCCUCCUGUUCUUUUGGACCCAUCUUGGAAGACCACCAGUUAGUGUUAGGUGAAAGAUGUUGGUUAUGGCUACAACGUUGAGGAAGAGGAUCCUCUAUACUGUCUGUAAUGGAUGGUCAUCUCAGGCUAUAGGUGUCCCUGCCUUUUUAUUUAUGACAUUCUUGUUAGGCUCUUCUUAUCCCUAUGAGAUAUGGCUACAGGUUUAUUCAAGAUGGCUUUGUUCUGAAAGUUAUCCAGACACGAUUGUGUCAAGGCAAGAAGUUCACAGCAUGUACUUGGCCGAAGCGGAGCAACCUUGCUGCAAGUAGAUGUGGUGCACUGUAAUAUGCUGUGAAGACGUUUAUUUAUAAGUGUAUCUGCUUACGGUAAUGGUAAAGUUAAAGGGAAAAACAAAAAAAAUACUUUUUGGUGUUUCAACCACAAAGACUUAAGAAAAGGGGGGUUGGGUGGCGGAGUGGUUCUUGCCACCAGCCUCUGCUAGCUCAGGAUGACAUGGAUGAACCUACAAUGACUUUGUAUAUGGUAUUCAUGCUUGCCGCAAGGUGAGGGAGUGGGAAAAAGCUUUGGAGUAACAUUUGACCCUCCACCGUACCUGGGCACUGGUGUAAGUUAUUGGAAUCUUGGGCAUUUAAUUCAAAAGUCCAAAUAUUGAAGACUGGAAGUGAGUAAGUGAAAUGAGGGACAGGAACAUCACCGUUCUUUUGGCUGGUGCUACCAGAGUCGAUUACAUGUGAAAGUGAGAGAAGCGCACAGGAAGUCUUUCUACGGUGGAGGUAGCUGGCAGGACUUUUUUUUUUGCCAUGCAUGGUCUCGGCUACAGAGUUGAUGAUCAAUGUUCUGCGUGUCUUCAGGACUGUUCAUAAAUGGGUCUAUAGAUGCAGUUUUAAUGCAUUCUCCGUUAAUUAAAUGCCAGAUCAAUUUGUGACUGCCUCCUUCCUAUGGGAGGGCGGAGCUAAGAGUUGUUGAACGGGUGGAAUAUGACUGUACCAAAGCUACAUGGUGGAUUGGGUGGCCUAAUGGAAAUUUCCCACCGGUUUUAAUGUCUGUAAUUCUAUUACUGCAGCAGUGGAGCAGUAUUGCUGUUACACUGUUUUGUAGUGUGGGUGUGUGUAUGUGUGUUUUCUCUCAUUUUUUUUUUUUUUUCUUCCCUCUCUCUCUUCUCCAACCCCCCUCCCUUCUUUUCUUCUCUAUUUCCUUCUAUAUAUCCACUCUACUAUUCCUGUUGCAUGUGUCCAGCUGGCUUUUCUACAAGAGAGGCCAUGUUUGAAAUAAACUCUGCUACAACACUC